AUGGCGGUGGGACAAGCGACAACGGCGGCGACGGGCUCGGCCAUAACAGGGAGGGCGAAGCAGAGGCAGCCGCAUCGUCGCUGGAGCAGCAAGGGCGACGGCGGCCUAGGGGGAAAGCUGGGGCGAUGGUGGCGAGCCGCUGGCGGUCGGGAGUGGCACGGCGGUGUCGCAGGCGGCAGGGCGAGGCCGGACGGGCUGGCUGGCGGCUCGGCGGAGCCGGACCGCGGUGGACGCGGCAGCGAGCUGCUGCUUGCGCGCGAAGGGGAAGGAGGGAGGGAGGAGAAGGGUAGUCGGGUCGGGGGAACCGGCUGGACAGACGGCGCGGCAGCUGGGCGAGCGGCGGCGCUAGGUGGACGGCUGGCAGGCUGGGGUGGGGAUGAGCGGUGA